AUGAGGCAGCCGCUGAGAUCAUCUUCCAAUCCCACCAGGUGUCUGCGGCAUGUUCAUGGCCAUGCCCGUGCAAUUGAGUACCUGCAGAACUACGACGCCGACCUGACCGAUUCCCAACGGACUGUCCGCGAAGCUAUUUCCAAGAUUUGCAGUAACUACUCCGAUGAAUACUGGCUCAAGCAAGAGGAAAGCAAGAAGUUUCCCGCCGAGCUGCACCAAGAGCUUGCUCAGCAUGGUUGGCUCGGUAUUUGCUUACCGCAAAAGUAUGGCGGAUCCGAGCUGGGCAUUGCUGAGGCCGCUAUAAUGAUGCAAACAAUUUCCGAGUCUGGUGGUGGAAUGGCAGCUGCUUCAUCAGUGCAUAUGAACAUCUUUGGUCUGGAACCUGUUGCUAAGUUUGGCACAGAGGAACAGAAAAAGCGCUGGCUUGAGCCUCUGAUUGCUGGCAAGGAAAGGGCAUGUUUUGGUGUGACUGAGCCAAAUACUGGACUGGAUACAUUGAAGCUACAGUCUCGGGCUCGGAAAGAAGGGGACUACUAUUACAUUUCGGGUCAGAAAAUCUGGAUCUCUACCGCCCAAAACGCGCAAAAAAUUCUUAUACUCGUUCGAACCACGCCUCUAGAUCAAGUCCAAAAGCCGUCACAAGGUUUAUCACUUUUCUAUGUCGACCUUGAUCCAGCUGUCGUCGAAAUCACGGAGAUCCCUAAAAUGGGACGUGCAGCGGUCGACACGAACACUCUUUUCUUCGAAAAUUGGCGGGUCCCGGCUAGCGAUAUGAUUGGAAAGGAAAAUGAGGGAUUCAAAAUGAUCUUACAUGGAAUGAAUGCUGAGCGUGUCCUCAUUGGAGCCGAGGCACUAGGUCUUGGCUAUGCAGCUUUGCGAAAAGCGGCUAUCUACGCCGGUGAUCGAAAGGUUUUCGGGCGUGCCAUUGGGAAAAACCAGGCUAUUCAACACCCUCUUGCAGAGAGUUGGAUGAAACUGGAGGGGGCUCGCCUAAUGACAUAUCAUGCGGCACGAAUGUAUGACGAAGGGUAUGGCGGAGGGGAAUACGCUAAUACAGCUAAAUAUCUCGCCGCGGAGGCUGCCUUUGAGGCAUGUGAAAGAGCCGUCAUGGUACACGGAGGGAUGGGAUAUGCAAAGGAAUAUCAUGUGGAAAGGUAUCUCCGUGAAGUGUUCAUCCCGAGGAUCGCUCCAGUGAGUCGGGAGAUGAUAUGUAACUAUAUUGGUGAACGCGUUCUGGGCUUGCCCAAGUCCUAUUGA